UGAGCCCCCGCCUGCAUAGAUCCGAGAGAGAUCUGAUCAGCAGAUCCAUUCAUAUAUCUGCCGCUGCCGCACCAGUCAGCAACUCUCCCUCCCGCACCAGUCAGUGCCAGCCAGGUCGGUCCUACCGCGAUGAACGUGGCUGUGGACGAGUUCGGCAACCCCUUCAUCAUACUCAAGGAGCAGGAACAAAAGAAGAGACUUAAAGGUAGGUGACAUCGCACACUCACAGACGCUCACAUGCACUUGCAGACACAUGUGCGCAUCUAUCUGCCUUCAUAAGAGCAUCCAUCUGUCUGCAGGUCUCGAGGCGCACAAGGCCAACAUCUUGGCAGCCAGGACGGUGGCCGACACGCUGCGGACGUCGCUGGGUCCCAAGGGGAUGGACAAGAUCAUCGUCAGCCCUGACGGAGAUGUCGUCAUCACCAACGACGGCGCAACCAUACUCGAACGCAUGCAGGUCAGUCAGUCACCUGAGCGGCCGGCCGGCUACAUCACAUCCAUCUGUGCGUGCGUGCGUGUCAAGGGCACACACAGGCGUGUGUGCGUGUGUAUGUGUGUGUGGGCAUGUGUUGUUUGUGUAGGUUGAGCACCAGACGGCCAAGCUGUUGGUUGAGUUGUCCAAGAGUCAGGAUGCGGAGGUGGGCGACGGCACCACGGGAGUGGUCAUACUCGCCGGAGCCAUGCUCGACCAGGCCAGCAGGCUGCUCGACAAGGUAGGUACUUGACAGACAGACACCAUCACGCCACACGGAGAGAAUACACUCACUCACACAUGAACGAACGAAUGUGUGUUUAUGUCUGUCUGUGGGAUGUGGUGUGUGGCUGACCUGACAGGGUUUGCACCCUCUCCGUGUGGCGGACGGCUUCGAGCAUGCCUGUCAGGUGGCGACGCAGCGGCUGGAGGACAUCGCCAUCAAACGCGACAUACACGCCAACGACAACGAGGCACUGUAAGCCACACACAACACACUCACCUCACCCACCCCACCCACACAGCACAUACAGACGCACGGCUGGCUAUGUGCUGUCUGGAUCGGAUGGAUCCAUGUAAUGUGUGCCAUCAGUGUGCGGGCGGCCGUGACGGCGUUGGGCAGCAAGGUGGUCAGCAGCAGACAGAAACAGCUCGCCGGUACGGACAAUCGGCAAUCGAACAGACAAGCCGGGAGGGGAUGAUGCCACGCAUGGGAUGAGUGUGGUGGUCUUCUGGUGUGUGUCUACGGGUCAGAGGUUGCUGUGAAGGCCGUCUUGUCGGUUGCCGAUCUGGAGAGGCGAGACGUCAACUUCGACCUCAUCAAGGUAUCUCACUCACACGUGGAAGUGUCCGUGUGUCAUUCGUGUGUGUGUGUGUGCACACGCGUGUGUGUGCUAUCCUAUCGGAUAGGUGGAGGGCAAAGCCGGCGGCAAGCUCGAAGACACGUGCCUCAUCAACGGUGGCGCACACACACGACGCAUCUUAGAUAGACACUCAUGGAUGUGUGUGGUGUGUGCAGGUAUAGUAGUGGACAAGGACAUCAGCCACUCCCAGAUGCCCAAGGUGACCAGGGACGCCAAGCUCUGCAUACUCACCUGCCCCUUCGAGCCGCCCAAACCCAAAACCAAACACAAACUAGACAUCAAGACUGCAGAGGACUACAAGAAACUGCAAGUGAGCAGAACAAAUAGUGUCGCAACGCAAUCCUCACUCUCACACCCACAUUGUGUUCCUGUGCCUGUGUUGGGUGUGUCUUGUGUGUAGGCGGCCGAGCAGCAGUACUUCGUCGAUAUGGUCGAUUCCGUGCAGAAGUGCGGGGCCAACUUCGUAAGCUGCCGCAUACAGACGACAGACAGGCGGGGCGAGAGGCAUAGACGAUCUGGACGAUCUCCCUCCCCCUUGUGUGCAGGUGAUCUGCCAGUGGGGUUUCGAUGACGAGGCCAACCACCUGCUCAUGCAGCGAGGUGAGCAAGGGAAAGUGGAGUGGACAGACAGGUGGGCUCGGGAUCGCCACACACACAUCUCUCUCUCUCUCUCUCUCUGUGUGUGCAGGUUUGCCUGCCGUGCGUUGGGUAGGAGGUGUGGAGCUGGAACUCAUCGCCAUCGCUACUGGUACACACACACACACAUAUACAUAAGAUAUCACGUGUGUGGAUCUAUCUAUCCCGUGUAUGUCGGUUUGUCUGUCUGCGUUUCUUGAGCAGGUGGCCGCAUCGUGCCGCGUUUCUCCGAGUUGUCGCCCGACAAGCUGGGCCGCGCUGGGUGCAUCCGGGAGGUCUCCUUCGGCACUGAGAAGGACGUCAUGCUCGUCAUCGAAGGUAGGUAUGAUGCGAAUCAAGUGUAUGUCGAUCCGCAUUUCUCUGUCUCUGUGUUGUGUUGUGUAGAUUGCGCCAAUUCCAAGGCCGUGACGAUCCUCGUGCGUGGCGGAAACGUCAUGGUGGUCAAGGAGGCCGAGCGAUGCAUCCACGAUGCCCUCUGCUGUGUCAGGUGAGAUGAAUCAAGGACACGCACACACACACAGACAGACAAGGUCCAUCCAUCCAUCCAUCCAUGUGUGUGUGCUGUGUAUGUGAAGGAAUCUGAUUCGCGACGACCGCAUCGUCGCUGGCGGUGGUGCCGCUGAGGUCGCUGGCGCUGCUGCCGUAGAAGAGGCCGCUGACCAAGUGAGUGUCGCACUCACUAAGAGCACACCCUGUGCUGAGACGCGUACCCCGCCUCUCCUCUCCCUCUGUGCGUGUCAGGUUCGUUCGGUGGAGCACUAUGCUGUGCGUGCAUUUGCGGAUGCGCUGCUGGCACUGCCCGAAGCACUGGCCGAGAACUCGGGACUCAGGUAUGUGCACUGCACUGCACGCCGCACAGCACCCCAAACGCAGUCAGUCUACGGCAGUCUGUCUUGUCUCUCUCUCAUCUGCGUGUGUGUGUGUGUGUGUGUAUGUGUGAUGAUGUGCCCAUCCAAUUGUCAUUCAUGUCAGCCCGAUAUCGACUGUUGCUGCGGUGAAGGCGCGUCAGCUCAAGAGCAACAACCCAAACCUGGGAAUCAACUGCAUGGUGUGUGUGUGGGCGGGUGCGGUGUGCAUGGCCGUCCGUCCAUAACACCGCACACAGACACACACCCAGAUGAACGGAAUGAUGUGGUGGAUGAUGAUCUGUGUCUGUGUGGGACGUGCCGUGCGGUGCAGGGUGUGGUCAAGUGUGAGGACGACUUGGCUGUGGACAUGGUGGAUGAGAGCAUCUACGAGGCACUCGUGUCCAAGAAACACCAGCUGCAGCUCGCCACUCAGGUAAGUAAGGUGCCCCCACACACACAUGAUCAAUCAACGGAUGGAUGGAUGGAUGGGUAUCAUUCUGUCCGCCUGUGUGUGUUAUGUUGGUACUCACAGGUUGUCAAGAUGAUUUUAAAGAUUGACGACGUGAUUGCGCCCAGCGAGCUGCACCAGCAGUGAGUGAGUGUCAUCCUAGCCCUGACUGAAUCGCACCGCGCCGCACCCAACCAGCCUUUAGCUACCUUACCUGCAUGGCCCAUGAUUGAAUAAAUGGAUGGUUCGCACCGUACCCAGA